CUAGCCAUUUGUAGGCAAAAAAGAACUGGUUCUCUUCAACAAACAAAAAUAACCGCUUUGCACAGUUGUUGACGGUUUGUAGGCCCCACAACCUCAAAAAAGGUGUCAAAAUAACAUGAAAAUAUUGAUAUUUUGGCUUGCAAACUGCAAGGCCCUCUUUCCCCUCACAGCAUCUAUUUAUUCACACCUCAACUCCUCCUCUUUCUCAUUACAAAUACACUCAUUCACUCCCUGGAACACAACAGUAAAGAAAGAUAUCAAGAAACUCCAUUUUUGUUAAGGAACAAAUUAAGCAAGAAAUGUCCACUCUGUGGCUUUUCAUUGUGGGAUUUCUUUUUGUGGUUUCCUGUGUUCAUGGCAAUGAACAAGGAUGGAUUCAAGCUCAUGCCACUUUCUAUGGAGGUGGUGAUGCUUCAGGAACCAUGGGUGGGGCAUGUGGUUAUGGGAAUUUGGACAGUCAAGGGUAUGGUACAAACACAGCAGCAUUGAGUACAGCACUGUUCAACAAUGGGUUGAGCUGUGGGGCCUGCUUUGAGUUGAAGUGUGUGAGUGACCCAAAGGGGUGCCUAGGAGGGUCAAUAGUGGUCACAGCCACCAAUUUCUGCCCACCAAACUAUGCCCUCCCAAAUAAUGCAGGUGGGUGGUGCAACCCUCCAUUGCACCAUUUUGACCUCUCUCAGCCUGUUUUCCAACAAAUUGCUCAGUACAGAUCUGGGAUUGUUCCUGUUGCUUACAGAAGGGUACCCUGCAAGAAGAGGGGAGGCAUCAGAUUUACUCUGAAUGGUCACUCAUACUUCAAUUUAGUCCUAGUGACUAACGUGGGAGGUUCAGGGGAUGUUCAUGCAGUUUCAAUUAAAGGCACAAGAACUGACUGGCUACCCAUGUCUCGCAAUUGGGGUCAAAAUUGGCAAAGCAACUCCUUUCUUGAUGGCCAAAUCCUCUCUUUCAAGGUCACCACCGGCGACGGCCGCACCGUCGUCUGCAACAACGCUAUCCCCGGCGGCUGGUCCUUCGGCCAAACUUUCACCGGCGCCCAGUUCACUUAAUGAGUAGGGCGCAAGUGUUGUGUCAUAGGAUUUCUUACUAGUGAUUAGUAUUAGUGUUGAAAUUAUGGGAAGGGCUUGUUUUAAAGUGGCUCUUAUCCAUUUCUUUAGGGAGGCCACCUAAUUCGAAUUCUUAAUACACAGUUCGAAUUGUGACCUUUUAACUACUGAAUUGUCUCUCUAAGUAAGACAUUAUUAGGGUGUUAAUUUGUAUGGAGUGGUUAAUUUCUGUCAAAUGUCAUUUUAGGACGACAGAAAUUAGGCAGAGGUGGAUUGAUUUUAUUGUUGGUCACCACCCGCUGUAGUAGUACUUCAUGGUAAGGGUAAUAUGGUGAAACCACUUCUUUUUUUUGUAACUUUUAUUUAAUAUUUUUAAGAUAUGGUCUUGUAUGGUCCCCAUUUCCACUUGGAAAA